GGGGUCCGAAGAAAACCCGAUUCGUUCCUGGAACGCCGCCGCCCGCCAUGCUGUAGCCUCCGUCGCGACGCAUUGCCGGCGAGCCGCGACGACGACGGCGCGUUGUACAGUUCUUCUCGUUUCGCAUUUCCCCGACUCGCAGAAAUCGUCUCGAACGAAUACACAAAGUACGACUAACUCCGUUCUUCGCGCUCGCAACUGCGCAAAUAAGUGCAGUGGCACGGAUGCAUCGCGGGCGGGGAGUCGCCGGUAACGGCGGCUACAGCGCUACGGCGUGUACGAUUCUAUCGAUCACACGCGAAGUGUCAACGAGUGUGUGUGCGUGGUCUCAUCGUUCGCGUCUCCUUUUCAGCCUCAUGUUGCCGUCGAAAAUUCUUCUGCGAUAAGCGCGCGCGAAUAAAUAUCCUUUUUCAUUCCUGGUACCAUUCGCGAAUAAACGGUUCAUAGCUAGCGCGCGCGUGUAUGCGUGUAUAUACUGCGGGUGAUGGAGUUAUCGGGCUUAGAAGCCCGAGGUUAUAGUCGACGAAAAUAGACGCGCGAGUAUUAAGUGCGAGUUAAGUGAAUCGCGGGCAUUGUUGCGAUUUACUAUAGUAUUUCGCGGCGGCGAGUUUGCACUCGCGGUAAAACUAUUUUCUUUCGGGAAGCAGUGUGUACGCGUGUGUGUGUACUGUCAGAUUUAACGGGAGUGUGAAGUAAUCUGGCAGCACGCGGUAUUUUCGUGGGAAGGUAUCGCGGAAGUAAACUUAUGAAGCGUAAUUAAGUACAAGAAAAGAUUGGUGUUUCAGUUAGUUUUGAGGGAUUUUUUGCAAAAAAGACACGUUUAUUUUAGAGAGAUGUUAAAUUAUAUUUUAUUCAAAAUAUUUUCCAUCGCUAGCUAUAACUUUUUCCCACUUUUUUGGCAAUAAGUGAAUUCCGCGAUAAAAGAAAUGUUCGUCCUUCGAAACAAUCCAUUCAUCGAGCCAUUUUCUUUUUUCUUCACAUGUUUUGAAGUGCUGGUCAGCAAGGCCGUGCUGCAUCGAUCGGAAUAAGUUAUAAUCUGAAGGAACACAAUCCGGUGAAUACGCGGCGUGUGGUAAGACUUCUCAUCGAAGUGCCGAUAACGUAUCUUUAACUGCUUUUGCAACGUGUGGUCGAGCAUUGCCAUGCAACAAAAUCACUUUGCGUUUUCUUUGAGCAAUUAUUGAACGUUUCUGCUUCAAAGCACGAUUCAAAUCGAUUAAUUGUUGAUAACGCUCAGCAGUGACUGUUUGAUUCGGUUUCAGCAGUUCACACGACGCCUUUCAUAUCCCAUCAAAUGGACAACAAAACCUUACUUCCGUGGAUGUUGCGUUUUGAUGUCGAUGGUUGGCCUGAACCUACCCACGAUUUUCUACGCUUAGGAUUAUCGUAGUAGAUCCAUUUUUCAUCGCCAGUUACAAUUUGAUACAAAAACUGCUUUUUUUGUGACGAGAAAGCAAUGAAGUGCAAAUUGUUAAACGAUUUUGAAUAGCUAAUUCAGACAAUUCAUGUGGAACCCAUUUGUUUUCUUUUUGAAUCUUUCCCAUUGCGUGUAAACGAUCAGAAACGGUUGAUUUACCAACAUUUAAUACUUCAGCUAAUUCUUGAAGUCAUCCAACAAUGCCUGCAAUUCGACAUCUUCGAACUUUUUUGGUUGACCUGAACAUUCUUUGUCUUUCAACUCAAAAUCACCACUUUUGAAUCGUCGAAACCAGUACUCACAUGUUUUAACUGAUGGAGCAGACUCAGAAUAAAUUUCUGAAAUGGAUCGGAAAAUUGGAUAUCGUGUGUAUCGGAUAAUUCCUUGAAAAUACAAUGAACAAUAAACCAAAUAAAGCAAAUCGUACGAAAUACUCUACAUUUGUUACAAUACUGUAACGUGUGACGUGUUAAAGACACAAGGAGGAAAGUUGAAAUCGACGAAAUGGACAAUGAUUUAAGUCGGCUUGUGGAGUGAGCUGUAGCCUGAUCGAUGAGUCUCUUUGUCGUGGCAGUGUGUUGAUUGUACAGCGUUCUAUUGUAACAAGUUGCAACGUUCCGUGACAAUACGAUAAAUAUAUCGGACCAACCGAAGCGACAGGCAAACCAAGAUGAUUCUCCGCCGAAAGUCGCUGCAUAGCUGCAAUUGUCCCUGCCAUCAACACUGCUCUACCAAAUGCACAGAAGAUGUAGAGAGUAUGACAGGCGAGAUAGAAAAUGGAGAUCUGGCAGUUCGAGAUGUUGCAGAUCUUCUCCAGGCACAAUAUGCUAUUAUUGCAGGAGGAAAAACGCGAGAGGGAUGUCCUAUAAUCACAUUUCCAGAUAAUGGCAAUUUUCAUAAUUUGACAGACUUGGACUAUCAACGUCUCAUGUUAUACCUUACUUCUGUGCCAACAUUGCAAGAAGCUGAUCUUGGAUUUCAUUUGAUAAUUGAUCGAAGGAAUGAUAAGUGGAACUCGGUUAAAACGGUGCUUCUGAAAAUUUCUGCAUUUUUCCCUGGUUUAGUGCAUGUAGUAUAUGUUUUGCGACCUGCCGGAUUUUUACAGAAAGCCAUUUCGGAAGUAUCGAAUAAGCUGUUCCGAGAGGAUUUCAAGUUCAGAGUUAUUUUCUUGGCUAACAUUGCUGAACUUCACGAGUUUAUAGAGAAAGAUCAGCUCACUGAGCCGCUUGGCGGCAAUUUACCGUAUUGUCAUCACACUUGGAUACAGAAUAGAAUUAGUCUGGAAAAGUUUUCAUCAAUGACACAGGACGUGUCUCUCGCGUUAGAUUCCUUCACGCGACGUUUGGCUGAAGUGGAAUUUCCUAACAAUACUAUUGCUACGACCACAUUAUUGUCACAGCAACAAGCUGAGUAUAACGAAUUAAAAGAAGAGAUACUUAGCGCUGCCAGGCAUGGAGAAGCUCUUUUGGAUAGCGUACGACAGCUAACUGGAAAAGGAACAGCUGAUAGAUUGGGAAAUGUUGCAGCAGUAGAAAGGUUACUUGUCCAGUUGGAAGAAACCGAACGAACCUUUGACUUGUUUUGGUCACAUCAUAGCUCACGUUUGAGACAUUGUUUGGCUCUGAGGCAAUUCGAGCAAGAUUUCCGAGAAUUACAAACGACGUUAGAUCAGCAUCUAAAGACGGUGGAAGAAAUGACAGAGGUCGGCGAGACGCAAGCGCGAGUUGAGCAGCUGCUGCACGACACAUCGGCAUUUCAACGAAUAUGCAGAGGAGACAUAGAUCGCGCGGAAGAGGUGAUAUCAGCUGGUCAACAGCUAUUAUCCGGCAGGCAUCAAUGUCCGACAGAUGUCGUGGAACCUAAAUGCGUAGAGCUGCAGAGAAUCUGCACCAUCCUUAGUCAGAGACUGGAGAGACGAUUGCACAUGUUGACCAAAUGCCGGGAGCUUAUGGAACGUAUAGAUAAGGCCAAUACUUGGUGCACACAAGGGAUAGAAUUGUUGGCAUCGCAGAACAGCAUCACGCCGCCGGAUCAAGCGCUUCAAGAGCUGCAGCAGCUGAUCGAAGCCGCGGAGGAGUUCCAUCAUCCCCGAUGUAUCUUUCAAGACUCCGUGAUGCCAGAAACUAAAGCGCUCAUUACGCAAGUUCUACAAAGGAUAGAAGAUGUAUCCUUGAUGUGCGAUAAGAGAAUAAUGGCACUAAAGCAGCAAUUGAUCAAACCAGCUAGACCAGUACAAACCGUCACUCCAGAACCAGUCAAACCCUUGCAAUCACUGCCUCAAACUGUAAAGCCCAGCAGAAUUCUCAAAAAAGCCAACACCAUGCCAAAGAUGGAGAUGAGUCCUAUAGAGGGAGAAUCCUCAUCACCGGAAAGCGAGCCUCGAGACAUCGAAGCUUUACGUUUGAAACGCGGCCACGUUUUAGCGGAACUUGUGGAAACUGAGCGAAUCUACGUCACUGAACUUGGUUCGAUCAUUAAAGGUUACAAGAUGGAAAUGGCAAACGAGACAAUGACUCAUUUGAUACCAGCUGCACUGGUGGGCAAAGCGGACGUAUUGUUUGGCAAUUUAGAGGAUAUUUAUAUUUUUCAUGGUGAAACUUUUCUAAAAGACUUGGAGAACUGCAUUUCGAAUACUGAGCUGGUCGCUUUGUGCUUUGUUCAAAGACGCGAAAUAUUCUUUAGAUUGUAUAGUUAUUAUUGUCAAAAUAUUCCGCGAUCUGAGAAAUUGCGCGAACAGAUACAGACCGAACCGCAGUUUCUCGCAGCUUGUCAGCAGAAACUUGGUCACAAGUUGCCGCUUGCUGCCUAUCUUCUCAAGCCCGUUCAACGGAUUACCAAAUACCAAUUAUUGUUAAAGGAUUUAUUAAAGUACAGCGAUGAACCUUCAUACUGCACCGAAUUGCAAGAGGCGCUUGAUUGCAUGUUAGUUGUGUUAAAGUGCGUCAAUGACAGCAUGCAUCAAACUGCAAUAACGGGUUUUGGAGGUGAUCUGAGUGCACAGGGUGAAUUGUUGUUGCAAGGCUCGUUUAGUGUUUGGAGCAGCAGUAAACGGGAGCGACUAUUGCGACUGAAACCAUCUCAACGGCAUAUCUUCUUAUACGAGAAGGCUUUGAUAUUUUGUAAGCAUAGCAAGCCUCAAGCUCACAACAAGGCUACAUACCAUUUUAAAAGAUAUUUGAAGAUGUCUCAGAUUGGUUUGACAGAGUCGGUGAAAGGAGAUGCUAGACGGUUCGAGAUAUGGUUGCAGGGCAGGGCUGAGGUACACACGAUACAAGCGCCCAGUAUCGAUAUUAAGCAAUCCUGGGUACGUCAGAUCAAAGGUGUUCUGAUGUCUCAGUUAGCCGAACUCAAAGGAAAACAGAAUUCGGCUCUUGGAAAAUCCAAUCAUAAGCCGUUGCGACAAACAAUCUCGUGGGAAGCUCAAAGCAGUAUAUCAGGAUCUUUGCGAACACUAUCCGUCGACGGUAACAGCGUUAUCUCGCACAUAACCGAUGUUUCGCAAUCCACGGAGGAGGAUGUGGCAUGGAGUUCGGAAAAUAGCAAUACGGAUGAGGAAGACGCUUUUGGCGAUAAUCCAGGACCGGCACCGGGUGGAAGAUACGUGGCGUUGGCAGAUUAUUGCGCGGUGGGACAGUCGGAAGUCACGAUGCGCGAGGGUGAUACCUUGGAACUUCUAAAAGUCGGCUGUGCUGGCUGGUGGUUUGUCAAACUGAUCGGCACUAGCAUGGAAGGCUGGGCGCCCGCGGCGUACCUGGAACCGAUUAGUCGCAAAACGUCACGCAGUUCGCAGUCGGUCAACAGUCAAGAGGCUAUAUGAAACAGGCGACUAACACACUAGAGAGCUUGCUAGUGUGUUAGAGCUUUGCUUAUCUCAAGCUUGAGAUUGCCAGUUGUAUUGUUGUAUUGAGAAACAUUUACUGUUGAAAACGGUAAGAGCAUUUUUUAAAUGGCGGACGAAGUCGGUUUUUGGAAAUCUUUUAUAACAUUCAAACAUAAUGAUGAGUUGCAUCAUUUUACAUUUUUCUUGUAUAAAACAAGUAUACAAUGCUUGAUGUAUAAUGCCUUUGUAUUUGCGAUACUAAGAACGUUAAGUUAAACGGGUGAUAAGAUUUUUACGUUUACGAGAAUUUUAUACUAAUGCAUACCGAGAAGAAGAGAUGGAACGGAAAGAGAAGUUUCGUCAUUCUAUGAUGAUUGCAAACAGUCGAGAACUUCGUUCGCGUUGUGACGUCAAAUUAAAUGAAGCCGUUCGCGAGCACAGAAUGACGUUUACUGAAUUGUACAAAAUGUAGCAUUGAAUUAAGCCGGGAUAUUAUGUGCACGCGCGCACAAUGGAGGCACAGAUGUGGUCUUGUAUCGAUCACGAUAAUUUCUCCAACAAUAAUGCACACGCUAUAAUCAACAAGAGGAAGAACGCUGCUAAUGUUAAACGUAUCAUCGUUUGGUUACUUUGUUAAGAAUCUGUGUGAAGAAGUACCUAAUCUAUGAAUGAAACGUAGUUUUUACUUAUGACCCGGGUAAUCAAAUAUCGGCUAUGUACGCGAUUAUUCCAAAGUUUAAUAUCGUAAGAUCAUUGUAAAAGACGCGCGACAUACUUUCGUCCAUAAGGUUCUAUUGACGAUUCGAGAAACAAUCUUAUCCUUGCUUGGUGUAUACCUUGCGAUGUCGCGUCUAACGAAUCGAUCGCUAGACAUAUUGUCGUCGAUCGCAUCACUCGUGUAUCAUUAUACAUUGGCUUAGAGUAGAGUAGAUUAUCCUAGAUGCAUUGUCAUCACAAUCGGAAAUAGUACAAUUUAGUGCAGUUUCGCGAACUUUUAAGAGUAUUUUAGAUGUUCUGUUUGCGAGGUUUGAAGUGUUUUCGCUUCCCGGGGUUGAAUUUAAAAUAUUUGCAAAGACUAUCGAAAAUAUAUAGAUCCCCUCGAGCCUUCAAAGACGAGAAAUGUGUGAUACAAACGUUAGAGAUUGAUGCUUCUGCAGAUUAAUAAUUGUAAACAUAUGCAGAAAAAAAACAAAUGUUUAAUUAAUAUAUCGCCAUUCUUAGGAAGUUAGACAUAUGUAUAUUGUUGACGAGUCGUUGCGACCAAAUAAGCUUGAGAUAUUAUGAAUAUGACUAUGAUGUAAACCAUUCGUUUUGAAAGCAUAAUGCGAUGAUAGGAGGAUAAGAGAGAGAGAGAGAGAGAGAAGGGGAGAAAGGGGGUUAAAGAAUUAUAUACAACGUGUACACAAAUUUUCUAGAGGGCUAAACGGUUAACACCAACAGUAACACGCAAUAUCUGAUACUGAUAAAUCUUAACACACCUAAUAUUUUAGAACUACAUAUAAUAAGCUAUCUCAGUUCUCUCUAGGCGGAUUUCAUAACCCACCAAUUUCAUAAGUCUCUACUAUGAUAUAUAACAAUGUAUGAUAGCAUCAUUUGUACCGAUACAUUUAAAUGGAUAACAUAAUUUUUAAGGGGUUAUCUCGAUUAUUAUGAUUUUUUUCGCCAACGUCGUAUAUGCGUUAUAAUUAUGUCCGCUCUUAUAUGAUAUACACACAAGGACAUGAUUCCGUCGCAACUUUUGAUAUAGCCUACAUGAGUCUUGUUUUUGAUAUUUAUAAUUCGAGUAUUAUUUUAUUUAUUAUAGAGAAAGCACGGUUCUACAUGAUAUUUAUUAGAUAUU